UGUCAAGCCAGCCGACGCAUACAUUUCCGGAACGAAAUGGCUGUGCCCCAAAAUCCGACAACCCUUACGCCAUAUGAACAAAGAAUGGCAAAUUUUUUGAAUGGAAAUACAUUUCGGAGAGCCUGCGGGAAGAGAAGGUUUACCUGCAACAGUCUUAGCAGGAAUAUUUCGGAGUUUCCUGCCUUGGAGGACUACCUCCCGAAGAACUACGAUUAUCACAUCUGCGACUUCGACCUCAUCCGAGAUACGGGAGAUCACUCGGACUUCAAAACGACGUUCCGGAUGGCGUUGUCGUCCAAAGAAGACAUAAAGCUAUGGAUGAAAUCCCACGCCGUCACCUGGAGGGUGGACCGAACAUACGUGACCAAGGGGCAGAAAGUUAUCUUCAAGGUGGACUACAGGUGUCAGCGCAACACAAAACCCCGGCGCGCCGUCCAAGUGUCAAGCCACAGCAAAAACACAGACUGUCCCGCUAUGAUGAGUGUGAAACUCUUUCGCACGCAAGUGAGCAGAGGCAGGCAGAGUAUAAGCACAGAUUCUCAUCUGCCAACUUUUCCCACGAUGGUGAGCAUCCUGAACGACCACAACCACAACAUGGAAACGCCCAAAUAUUUCUCGCGUUUAGUCCCGGACGUGAAGGAGUACGAAGUGGAGGUGGAAAUAGGAGACGAUUACGAGUUCGCCACGGCGGACGGAACGCUUUCCUCGAACCCGGAGUUCAACUACGUGUGGCUGGAAGCUCCCGGCGUGGAGGUGGUGGUGGAAGAUGUGGAAGAGAAUCCCGCAGAGGAAGGUAACGAGUCGGAACUGGGUCUGAACCGGGAGACCAGAGAUGUUUUUUCUCCAAUUGCGGAUCACGGCUUUCCAGUUUCGCAUCAAACGGCGGCGCUGGAAUUUGAGGCCAUGUGCCAAAAGCUGUGCGAGAUGGUCAAGAGCAACGAGUCGUUCACGGGCCCGGCCACGGCCGCGGUGAAGGCCUUUAAAGAAAUGGAGAGGAAUCCGUUGCGCAUCGCGGCGGCCCUUCGGACGUUCGGCCGCGACCUCGCCUCGGGCCCGGCGAAGUCCAAAGUCCGCCGUAGGGCCGGCAGAACCGAGGGGCCUUCCCGCGGGAGACGCCGCCUGGACGAGGAAAGCCCCGCGGGAGUGGGAUUGGACCACGUAUACAGCCAAUGAGCGGACGCCGUCCGAAAGUUGUUUCCUGUCGUCGCGGGGGGUGUCAAAAAGACUUGUGAAAUCCAGGUGACUCAGGAGUGUUAAAUCUAAUUUAUACUAGUACGCGUAUCGUUUAUGGCAAUAUGCAUAAGAUUUAGUCAGCAAUUAAUUGAUCAUUUUACUAUUAUGAUAAAAGUGUGGAAGUUGCAUAAUGUAAUGAGGACAAAAAAUUUUUCCAACAAAUCCGGGCCGGUCUUUGGGCGUCACACCCGCGACUGUGUACCAAAACGUGGCGCUGGUUGGGGGUGGCUACCAAAUCGGGUUGUCACCAGAACUCAAAGGGGUUGUCUCAAUGGAGGUGUGUGUUCACAAAGCCAUGUGACUAUUUGUUUACGACGCCAUCUUGGUAGGGCAGCUUUGGAGUACCAGCACCAGCCGUGUUUGCAGUAAUCAGUUCAUGGAAAGUAAAUCGGGGCAAGAGGUAGUUUAUAUUUUAUGAUAUGAUGAUUUUAUAAUCUAGCAGUACGUGUUUGUGGCUUUAGAAAGAAAUAUUUUAAGUAUUAUAUGCGGAUCUAGCUUCAAUCUGGAUACAUAAGUGUAUGAAAAUAUUGACAGUGUCCGUGAGAACAAAGGAUCCAGUUGUUGUUUACAAAACCCACCGUGAAGUAUUUGUUUGCAUCCAGGCUUUUUUUUUUUUUUUUUUUUUUUAAGGCUUUUAAUUCCACAUGGGGAAAGAUUUUGAUUAUGUAUCCAACUAUUUGGUUGUAUAUUUCUGGAUAACAGAUGUUUGCAUAAUUGGCAGCACUCAUAACGUACGUAUGGACGUAUGGAUUGUUUUGUAUUGAAUUGAUUUUUUUCCCACAUGACGGGCUUUUGACUGCUGAUCAAUAUGUUUGGUGUUGUCAGAAAAAGGAAAAUGAACAUGGCAUUCACUUGUGCUUUGUAUUAAAUAGGAAAAAAAAAUGAAAGCGUCCAAAAAGAAGCAAAAGUGACACAUCUGGAUUGUUCUUCAGAAGCGUGCCUACCUGUAUGGCUGAAUAAACAAAUGCACGUGGUUCCGUGACGUCACAUGCAAAAUGUUUGUAGUGUGAUAGGAGUUGUGUGCGUGUGUGUUCAAAAAAUAAUAAAAAUAGAUUUGAGAAUACCCGAGUAUGAAUGUUUGCUCCAAAAAAAAUGCCUGAUCUGUUUAAAAAAAAAAAGCCUUAAUACAUGCCUUAAGCCUACGCUACAUCCUCACUUUUCGUGUAAUGAAAUGCUUGAUUUGCUUUAAAAAAAAAAAAAAAAGGGAUUCCACUAAUAUCAGUUGAAAUGACUGCUCACUGUACAUAUUUUUGUACCAAAAAUAAAGAAAAGUCUUUCUAUGUACGUGCUUUGUGUAGUAAAUGGCUUAGGUUGCCUUAUAGCUGUAAAGGAGAAAAAAC